AUGUGGUUUCCGCCCGAAGAGGGCGCAGAACUUUUCGACUUUGAGCUUGAACCAGGAGGAGGUGACGAAUGGGGAUAUAGCGACCACAACGAAGAGCUAAGACGAGUAAUUCUAUAUUUAGUGCGCGAAAAAAAUUCUAUGCUGGUGAAACUCCGUGGACUAAGUGCCUUGCGAGGUAUUUUGCAAAGCCUUUGCACAGAGCCUAACCGCGAACACGCAAUCUUCUUUGAACGCGCUGGUGAAAUAUGUGCUGAGGAUUCUCUUGUUUUGAACGCGGACGCCGGCCUCCAGCUUCCGACUCGGAAAGCUCACAGAAGUGAAAAAUUGCACUGCGACGAGAAAUCGGUGACUUUUAAGCACGACAACACGAAUUAUGUUUAUGGAAAUACAGACAGUUCGACGGUGAGUUGUUUUGUUCUCAUUGACAAGUGUAACCCUAUCCCUCACUAGCGAGCAUGCUUGUAAUGUUAUUGUGAUUUGCAAGGCCUCGGUUGGUUAUAUUUGAUACCCUGUGUUAGCGACUCACGAACUGAAGUGGCCUUUUGUUGACGUUGUUUGACUCGUCGUGUGAAUGCUCGCUGCGAUAUCUCCAACUCACGGAAUCGAUUUGCCACGUGGUGUUUACCAUUGCUUGGUCACAAAUCUUGUAAGUUUACUUUUGUUUUGCAAAUUGUACAUUCACUGGCUGCUUGGCUGAUUUCAGCGAUUUCCCCACGCCUACAUUUCUGACUCCAAACGCUGCGCUCCGUGCAGUGCAGACAGCUCAUUUCGAUCGACGUCUACGCCAUUCUUUUGCAAAAAUCACCCUCGUAUCGACAGCAGAAGCUAAAAAUUAAUGAACAGUGCGACAUCAUGACACUAAUUUUGAGCUGGACGACUCCUUUCGUGAAUGGUGAGUCGGGCGCUUCUUUGUUUCCGCGUGUUGACUAUCGGUUUGACAUGUUUCGAGGUGGAGCGCCUUAUUUCCUUCUUUGUGCAAAACCAAUCGCCAUAUUAUGUUACAACAAAUUUUUGCCGCGGUCGCAAUUCAUUUACCCUCUUAUAACCACUAAUACUCUAAUACAUAAUUACAGGUUGCGUUUAGAGACGGUGUCUUUACAAUUCCGUUGGUGCGUUCAGAGUAAAUUAACCGUAAUAAACUAUUAUUCAUGCUAUGCACCAAAGCGCCGCGAUGUUUGCAUCUCGGCGAUCAAGGCCGCCUAUUAAUCGUUUAACAAGGCUGAUCGUUUUCUUUCCCUUAAGAGGCCAUAUUUCUGCUAUUUCGCUCGUGGGUUUUCUCUUAGAACUGGAGCUAUCCAUUCAAUGCAUUGUGUCGACAAGACCUACAAAUUGACUAAACGAAUAGCUAUUGUUUUCGGUUUUCAUUUGAUCGCGUGCCAAACAUCUCUUCGCAUUGUGUAAGCGGAUGUCGUUUUCACGCAGUCGUAAAAUUUGGUACACAACGGCUGCAGUUUCCAGCUUAACUCAUCUCUGACUCUUUGGAAACAAAUCGUAUUUUCAGCUUCAUGUAUUAUUGCGUGUCUGGCUGAUAUUUUAUUCACGUUUGAACCUGUAUGUCGUGAUUUCGGUGAAAUUCGAUGCCAGACUCGCGGUUUUUCUUUGAACGGCUGUGUCUGUUCAGCUUGUCUGCUUUUCGAUGUAACUUGUUUUUAAAUUCAAUUUGCUGGAUUCUAUUUUUAAAAGUUUUCAAUGAGUUGGAGUGAAUACACGUUCGCGGAAGUUUUGUAAAGUGUGUAGCGGACUCGUUGCAAGAGAAGUGAGAUCACACGAUAUCUGCUUGCUAAAGAUAUUAUGUUGUAAUACAAGUGGCAUUUAGGGGUCUUGGAAUUUUCUUCAUUGUCUGCGAAACUUUUUCGGCUAUAUUAGACGUUUCUGUCAAAUCCUGACCUGCAUAUGAUCUUUUGAUGAUUGCUAAGUUUUGCCAUGGUAUUCAGACAUUACAAACUUAAAAUUCAGAUAGUCCCAUAAGCAACAUGGUAACAUCAAUUGCUAAGCUCCUGCGGCGAUAUUAAAUUUAAGCCCUUUUUUAUCCUAAAAAGGUCAUCUUUGUAGAAAUACUGUAAUGUAGCGAUUUGAUCUUGGAAGAUUUUGUGACUGCUGGUGUUAUUUAAAUCACAAUUUCUCUAAGAGACUGAACAGCAGCAACUGAUGUACACUUCAAAAUGAUCUCCUCUGAGAUGAUCAUGAUUUGAAUAUUUUGAAGUUUAUGGCUUUAUGCUUCAAUGACUCCUCUCUCUGUUAGAUAUUGGCAUAAACAAGUUAAUAUUUUACUAUGGAAAAUACCACAACAUACCAAAAUAUUCCCCUUAAUUGCAUUCUUUGCUAGAACUUUGAUGAACAAUCAAUGAAUAUUUCUAAUUUCAGUAAAAAGCUAAAUUCAUAAUUAAUUCUAUCCACUUAUCUUUGAUAAUUGAAUUUUUUUUACAUUUAUUGGCAUUACACUUUUGUUAUUAUUGUUCAUAAACUAAUGGGGUCAUUCUUAGUUUUAUUGUGCAUUUUAACCUUAAAACCCCUAAGAGUGACUAACAUAUAAUUUUUCCACACAAUAUCACCCCUAAAUCAUACAUUAAGGUCCAAAGCAUAAGGGAUAUAAAAUAACCAACUAGAGUUGCCCCUGAUUAUAAAUCAAAUUCUCCUUUUCAGCAUCAUAGGAGAUGUAUAGAGAACAGUGUGGGGAACUUGCAUGCUAAUGUUAAAAUGUAAAGGGUUAAUGAACCAAUUUACCCCCAGAAGAUUUAACAUUUAAUCUGUGACUUAUCCUUGGAGUUUCAAUAUACUUUCCCAUAGAUACACUUACACCUGAAUUUUAAAUAUCAAAAUUUAAGCAUAGUUUUAAAUUUGAGGUCUAUUAAUCAGGUUUUUCAAGCAGAUUGCAAUCAAGAUGUUAUAAAGUUUCAUAUCUUUGUAAUGUCGAGGAGCUAUGAAAGAUUGAAAUUCUUUUCCAUGUAUCAUUUAAACUAAUGUAAUGCACUCAUUAUUUCAAGAUCACUGUGUCACUUGUACAGACUAUAUUUUCUAUUCCUUGCUGAACUAAUUCUCUAUUUGUUUAUCAAUAUAUAUAUAUAUAUAUAUAUAUAUAUUAUCAGAUGUUUUUGACUUGAUGCUUUAGUGCCACCAUCUGAUCUGAUUAAUGCAGAUGAAGAUCUGAAGUAGAUGUAGGUGCUUAUGUACAAACAAAUUUGGAAGCAUAGCAGUGUUUCCUUUUUUCAUGUAACACCAAAAUUAAAACUUUCUUAAUUCAUUUACAAAGAAAUGUACAUGAGCUACUGUACAGGGAAGAACACUAUUGAGAUAUUUGGUUAGACAAAUAUCAUGUUCUCCUAGCUCCCAAACUCUUUACAUUUAAACAUCAGUAUGUAUAUUCUCCAUACUGUUCUGUUGACAUUUCCAGUAUUUGUGGUCAAACAAUCAAGAGCUUCCUUGGUUAGGAAUCAUUUUAGUCAUUCUCAUGACUUGAAUGUUUUAUUCAGAGGUGAUAUUUUAUGGAUAAUUUAGAGUGAAGUCACCUUAGGGGGCUGAAGGAAUAAUAAAAGAAAAAAGUAAAGUGUAUAAACAAGACAAAACUGCAUGGAUUAUUUCUUCAUGCACCCUCUUAAACUUUGAUUUAGAAAAGACUGAAGUACAUGAUUUCUUGGUUAAGGUCAACCUUGCCAGUUCAUUCUAUUUAGUUUAGUGAUUACCAUUGCUCUCCAUGCUGUUUUUCACACACAUCCUAAGGUGAUGAUGAACAAAAUUUGUUUAAAAAUCAAGGCCAUCUAUAAUUGAUAAUCAUUUCCUUAACUCUUAUAACCUCAAUGUGUAAUUCAUUGAUAAUACUAUUAGGAGAAUUUACCUAGAUGCUGGUCACUCUUUUGGAUCAAAGGAUGAAAAGAUAAUUGUAGCAAUCUUUUAAAGAAUGGGUUUCAUAUGGAUGUUUAUAAAGGAGAUUUGUUAGGGUAUGGUGAUUAUAGCCAGUGCCAACACUUUAACUCCCAUGAGUGACCAAGACAGAGUUUCUCCUUACAAUUUCAAUAAAAUUUCAACCAGAUAAGUGUUGAGAAUAAAGAAAAAUAUCAAUUUGGGGAUAAUUAGUUGAUCUAAUACUAAAUUCUCUGAACUAAUAUUAUAAGACUUGUUAUGGUUGACAGUAAGGAGAAUCGCAAAUUUGAUCUGGGAGUUAAAGGGUUGAAAAGAAAUCAUCAUGUUUAAAAUAAUCAACCUUGUUAAGAUCGUUCAAAAUGUAUACACUGGUGAUGCUCUUUGCUGAUAAAUCAAAUUAUCUAGUUCUAUAGCAUUGCUGCAAUUUGUUUAUUCUUUGUUUUAACUUUUUUCUGUUGUUUUGUUCAAGAAUACAGAUUUGAUCACAAACCUACUACAAGCUAAUAAAGAACUUCAAAAGCAAGUCGGGUUAUUGGAAGAAGUAACUCGUGAUCAAGAACCAAACGGAAACUGUUGUGAAAGUGAGUGUUGAGAUAAGAAUAAGUUAUGGAAGACCCAUGCAGUGGCUUAUUGUUUGGUGCAUUAGAUUGUGGGUCGAGAUUUCUAUGUUUGAGCCCUGCCCUGGCUAUGAACCUGUUUUGUGUCCUUGGGACAAAGUCCAAAAUUCUAUUGGGAGUAUAAAAAUAUAUGGGUAAUUUGGUAUUAUCAACUGAGUUAAAAUAACAUAAAUUGGCCACUGUAAAGAGUUUAAAAGUUAAUGUAUUGAGUGUUAGCCUUUGGUCAGAGCUUCCUGAUACACUCUCCCUCUUACAAAGUACCACACUUUCUUUAGAAACUUACCCCCUUUUAAAAUAUAUGGGGCAUCAAAACUGCAAAUUGAGAAAAUGCAAUCACAGAGAAUUAAGAAACAUUGGGUUCAUGCUCAGCUAGAGAAGAAUUUAAGUAAAUAACAAAAUUAUGAGCCAUUUUUUUGGUCUGCUAGGUACAUUAUUUAGCAAAUUUUGGUAAAUGCAAAUGGUACAUCUGUAAAUGUUUAUAGAUGUGCACUUGCUCUGUGAUAUUUAUUCUUUGUUCUCUAUUGAUUGAUUUAUUUUUUAUUACCAUACUGUAGGGUGCUCAACACUUUUCAGAUCUCAGCUUGUGCAGUACAUAUCCAAGACAAAAAAGCUAGAGAGGGCCCUAAGAGCAAAAGAUGUCCUUUGUUCUGCACUAGCGGAAAAACUAGAUGUUAUGAAGGACGAAAAAACCUCAAGGUCAAUUGGGAGAACAAACAUGAACAACAGCAAGACAAAUGGGGGAGAUUGCUCUCAGCUAAAGGACGAAUGCAAUGGUUGCAGCUGCUCUCAUGACCAAACUGCAGAACCCUCUCGAAAUCAAACAAGGAAUUUUCAAAAUGAAGGAACCAAGGAUAAAUCAGAUCAGUCUGUGGCAAAUGGUUGUGUUGUUUGUUCAAGUGAUGGGCAAGUGGUUUUGAAGACCAAGUUUGAGAACAUGGAAAAAGAAAUGAGUCAAGUUACAGAGAAAAUGAAUCAAGUUUACUCUGAGAAACUACAAGUAAGUUAAUUGAAGUUAAGAACUUCUUUUCUCCCAAGCAUCUCAGCAGUCUAGAAUAUAAAUUCCCCCAGUCUGAUUGGCUAAUUUCGCGCAUUCCAGCAGUCCACACCGCUCUUAGUUUUGCAAUGUGCUCUUUUCAAUCGGUUCAUGAGAGAGACUUUAAGAUGCAAAUUUUCGUGGAAGAAAAGUCAAUAUUUACACACGCCAUUCACCCGUGCAGCAAACAAACAAACAGACAUUCAAAACUUUAAAACAUACAUUUGAAUUUACGUAUGAUAACUCAUAAACUUUCCAUGCCAUUUUUAACUGACCAGAGGUAAACCUUAAAGGAUCAGUCAUCAUUAUUGAAAAUGUAUAAUAAAAGUUAGAUCAUUGACUGUUUUUGAAGACAAAAUCGUUGUGAUAGUCCUCUAACCCGGGUUUUUACUGCUGUUCAAAAGUGUACGUCUGUCUUGAGUACUGCACUCGGCCUACGGCUUCGGGCGGUAUCCAAGACCCCGGGCACAGUUUUUCCUAAUACGGACCUUCCGACUAGUGAAUAUCAUACAUAUCUUAACAUGGGGACUCAGAAUUAUUUCUUUGUCCCUCGCUCGUGACAAGACGAAAAAACAUCUUCCUCCAUAUCUUAAUAUCUCAGAGAUAGCUGUUUUUUCGUCUCGUCACGAUAGUGGAACAAAGAAAAAAUUCAGAGUCCCCAUGUUAAGAUAUGUAUGAUAUUCACUAGCCGGAAGGUCCGUAUUAGGAAAAACUGUGCCCGGGGUCUUGGAUACCGCCCGAAGCCGUAGGCAGAGUUCAUGAGGAAUCGACCCUUAGACCUUAGAAUUCCGCGCUCCGAUGCUCUUCCACUGAGCCACAGAGACGCCGGCUGUGGUGAGCAAGGCCCAUUACGAAGUUCAUAUAUAACAAGUGUCCUCUAUGCUGCUAGGAUCAGCAAUGUCGAUAACGUCAUGUCCAUGUUUUUUUUUUUAAGAAUGAUCUUGUAUGUUGUUUAGAUUUGUUUUUCGCAAAGAGCAUCACUGAUUCGUUAAAAUUUUUAUGUUGUAGUUUUGUUUUGAGUCCAUAAUGUCUCUCACGAUUGAGGGAAACAGUUGAAGAAACAACCAGCGCUAGAAAAUGAAACUUUUAUAAUCGGGAUCAUUUCAGUUGUAUCUACUCGCGGCUCAAUUAUUCAUGAGCAAACCCAAUAAGAAUGGAAAAGGAAAUUUAAGGGGAAAAUAGAAAUGAAACCACAUGUAACGAGGUGAUGGAUUCACUUACUUUGACGCUGGAUUGGAAGCUCUCCAAACGAAGUACGCAAAAUGAUUGCUAUCAUUUCAGUGCAAAGAUUUCAGAAUAUAAUGAAAGUCCACAAUUCCCCUUGAGCGCCACAUUAGAGUGCGCCAAAUUUUUCCCGCCUUCCGAUACGCUUGCACAUCCGGGCAUUUUGACAGGGUGACCAAUCAAAACAAAGCGCGGGAAACGCGGGGAUGACUUUUUAGUCAAGAUUUUUUUAUGGCUUUAUUUUUGCUAGUUUGGUCGGUAAACAUCUCAGAAACAAUUUUGAAGUCAGUUUUUAUACUAUUACUUUUCUUUCCAGCUGGAAAAACGCUUGAAGGAAUUGCAAGAAAGUCGCGAGAAAGAUGAAAACGAGUUGCGUGGUGAAAUAAACCAACUGCGACAAGAGAAAAGGCAGCUACAGGAAACAGUUGUACAAUAUCAGGCAAAUGAACAGAAGCAGAAACACGAAUAUGACCAAUUACUGUACCGAGCUCAGGAAAUGCAGGAAAUCCUUGAGAGAGAAACACAAGAAAAGUUCGCUUCUAUUGCUGAACAGAAAUCUUUGAGGCAGCAGGUCGAGAAUCUGUCUAAAAACAUGAAAUCAUUGCAAGUAAGCUUUUUGUAUUUCUUUGUCCGUUUGUCUGAAUCUAAUGAAUAAAAAAGGUAAGUUUUAAAGAAACUGUGGUGCUGCGUCGAUGGAAGAGUAAAACAAGGUUAUGUAGUAUUAUUAGCUGAGUUGAUAACUUAAAUUGGUCACCGUAAAGAGUUCAAAGCUGACGUUUCGAGCUUAAGCCUUUCGUGAUAACGAACGACAAAGGGCUAACGUUCGAAAAGUCAGAUUUGAAACUCUUAAUGGUGGCCAAUCUACGUUAUCAACUCAGUUGAUAAUACCAACUUACUUUAUCUGAAUGAAAGCCUCCUCAAAGCUUUUGCAGAGAAAGAGGGUCAGAUAAAUUAUGCCGGCAUAAUUUAAGGCAUAAUGCUAUAGUCAGAGCAUCGAGCAUAUGCCAGCAUUAUGACAGAACUUCUUAAAAAUCCCCUUGAACUUAUAGUUCAACAAGAGAUAAAAUCUGUAACCUGGAUACCUUCAAUAGUGACAUCAAGCCAAGCGGGGAGAAACAACUGAGCCGUUUCAAAAUGAAGCAGGUGUUCUUAAUUGAUUCAGACGCUGAUUUGGUUCGGCUCAUAUAAAGCUCCGCGGCUCAUAUAGAACUCCACGUUUAAUUCAUUUGUUUGACGGGCGUGCCACUUCAUGGUCUGAAGCAACUGGCGCGCCAUUCAGUAUUUCCGCAGAAGCCUUAAACAACAAGACUUGUUUAAGUCCUAAUGAUUCAUGGAUCUUGCUUUUGCCAACAGGUUAAAAGCGAAGAAUUUGUCCGAUUUCACUGCGAUCAGGAGGAUCAGAUUGACGACUUCAAGAGACUGAAGAAACAUAUUCACGACAACGGUUUGCCUAGCAUCGAACAGUUAAUUGCUCUUCAGAGACAGGUAAGACUACGAGUAUUCUUCUGUUCUGUCUGAAGCUUGCAGCUCUGAUUAGUAAGAGUUAAACCCCUGUUUUCGUCUGACCCUUAAGUUCCUUUGCCCAGCUCCCCAAAAGCGGUUUCUCUCUUCAACCAUUUAAAUACUUCUUUCUGCGUAAAAGACAUUAAAUGACUACAUGCCAACUACGUUACCUACUUGAACUUAUUUUCAGUUUCUCGUCAUCCUCUUUUUUUCUUCAUUCACAGAACGAAACAUACCGUGAAGAAUUUUUGAACGAAAGGAAAGAGAAAGAGCGUGCCUUGUCUCUAAAAGACAAAUUGAAGAGAGACCUGGAAAACUAUCAAUCUCGUAUCUCUUCCCUUCAGGAGCAGGUAAGAAGUGUACAUGCCGAAAACUUUUUUAGCGGCCAGCGAGCUUCUCCAGUACUCAUCUAGUGCAUUUCCAGCACUUGUGGUGGGAGCCCCAUAUUGCCAGCGGAUCGAUGAUAACAGUUAACAAAGGAAAUUUAGGAAGCAAUUUUUUUAUCAACAUUUGUGCGACCAGUGGUGAUUUGAUCUUUGAAUUAUCCUUUUUAAUAAUUAGAAUAAAAUUGAAGAAUAUGUCCGAUAUUCGGUAUGCACCAUAUAGCCACCUCCUGGCCGAAAAAACAAACAAACAGAAGAAGGGGGUUGGUUUGAAAUUUUAAAUGGUCAUGCAUUCCCAAACUUAACUAAAUUCAUUUUUCUGCUACAUUUCGAACCAAUUUCAAGCAAUGUAACGUUGCUUGUUUCCUUGGUAGCCUGCCUGCGGCAUGUUCAGAAAGGGUGUUGGGGGGGAGGGGGUAAUGAAGUGGAAGGGGAUAGGAGAAAUUACUUCGAGCCCAAAGCCCCCCCCUCCCCCCAGCUAUUUUACCAUUUGUAACUGACAGUUUCGGUAUUCUUGCUUUUGCCUAGGUCUACAAAUACCGAGAGCACAUCUACUUCUUGCAGCAGAAAUUCAAGCAAGAAGGAACUGGUAGCCAACCCGUUUCUCCUAUGUUCGACAUGCCGGGGCCUUCUCAGGGGAAUAAUCUUAGCAGACUGUAUGGUAGCACUGCUACACAGUACAUUAAUGAGAUGUUGCUGCAGGGUAACACCCCACCGAAGUUCCCUGCGUCACCGAUUCCGGAUGGGAAGAAGCCUUUAGUAGGAAAGCAUAGCGAUGGAUCCGGAAAACCGUGGCAGUUCCAGCAGGUUAGAGAUGAAAACGUUAGAAGACUAAAUUACAACAUAAAAACAAACAAACAAACAAAGAGACAUGUUAAGUUUUGACAAAGGGUUAAACAUCGAAACGUCAGCUGUAGAAACACUCAACAGUGGCCACUAUGCACUGUGCACUAUCAAUUGACCAACCAAAUGAUCUUGCAGUACUCCCCUCUCCUCCCCCACUUAGUGCCCUUGCACCCGUAAAUAUCCCGGAUGUGCACACACUUCUGCGCGAUAUGACGUAGCAUGACAGUUUCUUCAGAAACAUGCCCUCUUUAAACAAACGGAGUUGAUGACUAAGCGACCAUCUCAAUGAUGAAUAAGUUUCUCAACCUUAACAAAAUAUUAGUACUUUUAUCAACAAGCAAAGACGCAAAUACAAAAAUACUAAUUCCUUCCAAAAAUAAUAACCCAACAAAUAAUCAGACAGACAGUUUUAAUCAUUGAAUGUUUUCAUUGGUAACAAAACAGUUAAUUCAUGACAUCUUAAAACUGUCCAGGGUAAUUAUGGUCGAUACGGCCGUCAGAUGUCGGCUGAGGAGUGGAAGUCCCGCGUUCCAAAUCAAGGUCAAACUUGGGACACAUUCCAAUAUGGCUCAAACCAGUCCCCCGGUAGGCUAUCCUCUGCUGGCAGUUUGUCCUCUGUACGCUCUGGUUCCUCUUCGUCAGAAGAAGUUCCAGUCGAAGCUCAGAUAGACGGUAGGACAGCGUUUGGUAUGGGAGGAGUGGGUGGCCGAAGACAAGGCCCUCGACCCACGGGACUACCCGAUAGAGCAUUGGAUGAGACACGUGGAAUGCAACAGAAUUAUGGGUAGGUACACUUCGAUCUAAAAUCUGAGCCGAAGGUUAAGACCAGAUAGAUAACGUAAUUAGUACCUUAAAGGCUCGAUUCCACAAACUUCUGUUUUUACUAGUAGAAGUAACUCAUACUGAGAGUAUGUAACUUAUUUUUGGUACCGUAUUUAUUUCCAGAGCCCCAUCUUCGUCUUUUGAGGCGUGGUCACCAAAGCCCCAAGGUUAUGCAAUAAGAGGUCAGCGGCGCUACUCAUCUCCCACGGGCAGUGGCGUGCGCUCACCAACCACUGAUUACUGGUCGUCCCCGCAACAUAUGGGGGGGUUCCAACGCUCUUGGCAGUCGCCAGCUGAGCAUGUACAGUAUUCAGAUUCCACGCAGGCCCCUAUGUCUUCUGGGUUGAGGCCAACCGCAGAACCCUGGCCACCAGCGGUCACUACGGUACCCAGUAGCAGUCAUACGCAGUCGACGUUGACAACGAGCAGUCAAGGAGAUACAAUGACCUUUAUUUCAGGUGGGAUGGGUAUGCGGUAAGACGAGUUAGGAAAUGCAUCACGCGCCGUUAAGUCAUCUUCUACAGUAGAAUCAGUUAACUAGCUCUACAGUCUGAAAUUGGCUGCCUUACUUAACUAUACCCCACUGAAGUGAAGCGGCGUUGCGAAGACGAAGCAGAUUUUUAGGGAAAAUGUAGUCUUAGUAAAGGAAAUUUUCUUUAUUUUGCACCCAUGUUUGGGAUGAGUGGUUCGUAGAAUUAUCAUGGUACGGUGUUUGGUAAUGAGGUAGCUGAGGUAGUAAUUUAGUUAUUACAUUUAGCUCGAGUGGUGAAGCUAAAGAGUAAAGUAAGUCCACUUAAACGAAAAAAAAGGACUGAACGCGGAGGCUAACGAGCGAAAGCGUUUUGGUAAAUUUUGUUGCCUCUCAUGGCAAACCAACUGAACAACAUGAAAUGACGCUUUUUGAUAAACAGGAUGAGAAUGGUUUAUUUUCCCCCCCCCCUUUUUUUUCACUUAUCAUUCCUCUUUCCUGUCGGUCCUGAUUUCUAUGUCAUAAAAUCAUGUGCUUGUGAACCACAGAUUGUUGUGAGCCCUCUUGAUACUAACGUAUUCCAGGAUCUUACACAAUGGAACGCCAGAAAGAGCGAGCAGGGGAGCAAGUGCGUAAUGACCGGCGUGUGCGCUAGUUAGAGAAACGGCUUCAUUUUCAUUUGCCGAUCGAGGCACGCUCGCUUGUUUUGUUGUUUUGCGUCUUUCCACUUACCGAGAGGCUUAAACGUACUUAGACGAUACUUAAUGAAUAAGGGAAAAUAAGUUUGGUUUUAAACAAAGCUAGAUGAAUUGUCGAUUGAAAUAGCUAGCAUCUUCUCCUUCGAAUGGACGACGCCUAUUGAAACGAGUUCUUUUGCAAUUUGAAUAACCUUUUACGAAGGUUGCGAAGUAAAUACGAUUGUAAAUAAGAAAUGUUUUGUUGCAUUAUCUAAUAUGCUCAAAAAUGAAAAUUGAUUUGUUCACCAUUACGCUUAUUUAGACAAAUUGACCAGAAAUAAUUCCAGCGAGGUUUGUAAAUAGGAAAGUUCUAGCCUUUCUAUUGCACGUUUUGUUGUACUUAGUUUGCGCUCGACUGAAUUUCUAAUCAAUUGCUGAUAAUUUAAUUGCGAACAGUAUUUACGUUAAAUAUUUAGUGAAAUGAAAAUCAUAUUCAAAUAUCGUUAUUCGUAAAGAGAUUUAUUUUUCCUUUGCUUGAACAUAGUGGAUAUACUUAUUUAUCACAAGGAUGAAAAAGCCAAACUAUUUGUUGAAAUUUCUUUGGAAGUAUAUGAAGUGUUAAAAUUAGAUAAACCAACAUCAGUCUAUUUAACAAGAUGAAAUUAGUAAAAUGUAGAUAGAAGACAAAGAUUUUUCGUGGAAUUCGUUAAAAACACUGAUAGUUUUUUUACUAUUUUACACAAGAAUUAAGGGAUUCAUAAGAUUUAUUUAGGUAUGCAUACUUAAUGCUCCCCAAUAUUUGGGGGAACGAGAAAUGGAACUAAGGCGCACGGAUCAAUGGAGCCCUUUUACUCUUUUUCAACGUGUUCGCAGGGUGAAGUACAAACGGCGUUACAUUACGAAAUUUGGUGAGUCGAGAAGAGUUUUAAAAUGAACAUAGUUCCAAAAUAACAUCUUACAAAUGUUAAAAAAAAAGAGAAAAAAAAAUGGUUGGAACUUCUAGUGGGUUAGCGGCGGGAAUCGAUAGUAGUUUUCUGAAGGGAAACAGAUUCAGUAUUAUUCAUAUUGGCUUCACAGCGUCAUACUUGACGAGAACUGUUGUAGAAGUAACUAAUUAUUACUAGGAUUCUUCGUGUUUUAGAAAAGCAGUGUAGUAUUUAAAUAUAGCCAGAAAACAGCGAAAGAAAAAACUGAGUAAAUUAAGUUUGCAGAUGAAAAACCAAUGGAACAACAAUAUCUGCAGAAACAACUUUCAGUGAUCUAGUUAAGUGCAAGUUGAAAUCGAUGAUUUGCAUGUCUUGUGGUUUUGCCGUUUGAGCCCCUCUUAGAAACACAGCUCGCUUCGGACAGGCAAUUUAACGGUUAGUUUAUCAGGAGUUCAAGAAGCACGUAGGGAUAUGGUUGUGUUGCCCAAGAUUGUGGUUAAAAUAGUAGGUUUUCCGCUUAUUUUCGAGCGAAAAACAUCAACAUUGUAAUGAUUACCGAUCAGAGAACAUUAUAAUCAGUUCAAAGCGUCCAGUCAGAAAAAAGGGAGCGAAAUAGUAAACUUUGUGAUAGACCUAGAGGAAGAAGAGAAUUAAUGGGACACUGUUUUUAGUAAAAGUACGCAAAAUUAUUUAGAUGCUAUUGGAUAGCUGUUAUACAUAAGAAUAUUUAAUUUUCGUAGAGCUCAGCAUGAGUGAGAAAUGCAUGGAAGUUUGUUCCACUGAGUUACAAUAUUAAUAUUUAGAAGAAAUUGUGAUUGGUUAUUUGAUAAGUAAAAAAAAACAAGCAAACAAAAAAAAACCAAACAAAAAACAAACAAAACAAAAUACAAAAUUAAAAAAAGAAAUACAAAGUAUAUUAUAGAAAUAAAAAUUAGUGUAUUGAUUAUGAUCUGAAUUAUUUAACACUUGAAGCCACUUCACUAAGGAGAGAAAAAUUUAAGUACCUGGUGUUUUAGAAACGUUGUAGUCGUAGAUUAGAAUUAUGGAUCCAUGUAAGUCUCCG